CAAACUCCCGCCAUUUCUCAACAUCCAACUAACUCGAAACCCUGAUAGACACACUCCAUUCUCAGACUGCACCAAGAUCCAGAGAGAGAGAGAGAGAGAGAGAGCUAGAGAGAAAUGGCGGACGGGGAACCAGUCGAAGCCGGGAGGCGGCGGGGGAGAGGAUCCGAGGCCAUGGCUCGUGCCGGAGCCCUAGAACGCCUCAAAGCUCUACGAAGCGGCGGCCGCAAAUCCGAAACUGGAGGUUACCAGGUCAAGAUGGAGAAUCCAAUCUACGACAUGGUCGAUGACGACGAGUAUGACGCCCUGGUAGCCAAGAGGAAAGAAGAAGUCCGGGGCUUCAUCAUCGACGACGAUGGUCUUGGCUACGGCGAUGAGGGGGAGGAAGAAGACUGGUCCCGAGCUGGUCUUCUUUCGUCGGAUGAGUCCGGAGGUGAAUCGGAGAGACCGAAGAGGAAGAAAGUUGAGAAGAAGGAGCCUCGGCCGAAAAAGCCUUCUUCCUCUUCUGCUUCUCUUUCUGCCGCAGCGGCCAUGAUGGGUAAGCAGAGGCUUUCGUCUAUGUUCACUUCUUCGGUGUUUAAGAAGAAUAGUGACGAUAAGGGUAAAUUAGUGUCUUCUGAUAGCAUUGUGGAUGAUGUUAUUGCUGAGUUCGCGCCGGAUGACACUGAUAGAGAGAGGCGUAGAAGGGUACAUGUUACUCCAUUGAAUAGUUCGAAGAGUUUUAUUUCGGCUAACUUGAAUGAUAAGAGCGAGAAAGUAUCUAAUGUAGGUAUUGAUCUAUUGGCUCGUCCUGAAUUUUCCCGUGCUGAUAGAAAUGGUGAUUCAGAACUGGGCAGUGAUGUUGGGAAUGAUUCUGUAUUAAAUUCUGGUGAAGAUCGCGAAGAAGUAAAAGAUAAAGGCUCAAUUACGGAGUUAGAAAGAGGGAAAACUUUAGAUGAAGAACCGGGUCGGGCUCCAUACAUUCAAUCUUCUGACUCCGCAGAAAUGGGAGGCGGGAUUGAUGAGAAAACAUUGAAUGUUGUUGAAGCAAAGGCAGAACCCGCAGCCAAGGAGGUGUUUACCUUAAAUGCGAAGACUAAAGAAGAAAAGGACCCGGCUUUGAGUGCUACUGCAGGAUGGAAGGCAGUCAGGAACGGAGAAAUUGGGAAUAGUGGUGGAGCUGUAGAGGUCAAUGGUUCAAAUAGUGAAGAGAACUUAGAUUUUGAUUUGGAUUCAGAUGGUUCUAUUCCUUUCUACAUAAUUGAUGCUCACGAAGAAUUCUAUGGUGCUAAUAUGGGAACACUCUAUCUAUUUGGGAAGGUCAAAGCGGGAACUGCAUAUCACAGUUGCUGUGUGGUGGUCAAGAACAUGCAGAGAUGCGUCUAUGCUAUUCCAAACCAGUCUUCUUUUAACGCUGAUGAAUUGACUAAGCUUGAAAAGGAUGCUGAAGAGUCUAAGAUUUCACCAGCUGAUUUUCGUAAAACGCUCCAAGGUGUGGCUUCAGGAUUAAAGAACGAUGUGGCAAAACAUUUGUUAGAUCUAAAUGUAUCUAAUUUUAGUAUGGCACCGGUGAAGAGGAAAUAUGCAUUUGAGCGGUCUGACAUACCAGUAGGGGAAAACUAUGUACUCAAGAUAAACUAUCCAUUUAAGGACCCGCCCCUUCCAUCAGAUUUGAAAGGGGAAACUUUCUGUGCUUUGCUCGGAACACAUAAUAGCGCUUUGGAGCUUUUUCUUGUUAAAAGAAAAAUAAAAGGGCCAUCUUGGCUGUCAAUUGCAAAAUUUUCUGCAUGCCCAGCUCCACAACGGGUCAGCUGGUGCAAAUUUGAGGUUAUUGUUGAUUCUCCAAAAGACAUAGGGGUUUCAACUUCAUCAAAGAUAACUGGAGAGAUUCCUCCAGUUGUUGUGGCAGCCAUAAAUUUGAAAACCAUUAUCAAUGAGAAGCAAAAUGUCAAUGAAAUUGUCUCUGCAUCUGUUAUCUGCUGCAACAGGGCUAAGAUUGACAGUCCAAUGUUGGCCUCAGAAUGGAAGAAACCUGGUAUGCUAAGUCAUUUUACUGUUGUCCGUAAGCUUGAUGGAGGAAUAUUUCCCAUGGGAUUCACUAAAGAGGCUGCGGAACGAAACUCAAAGGCUGGAUCAAAUGUAUUAUGCUUUGAAAGCAGUGAAAGGGCUUUGUUAAACCGUUUGAUGAUUGAGUUACACAAAUUAGACAGUGACAUUCUUGUUGGACAUAAUAUAUCUGGGUUUGAUCUGGAUAUUCUUCUCCAUAGAGCUCAGGUUUGCAAAGUGCCAAGCACUAUGUGGUCAAAAAUAGGUCGCCUCAAGCGAUCUGUGAUGCCUAAACUUUCAAAAGGGAAUACCAUUUUUGGAUCUGGAGCAAGUCCAGGGAUCAUGUCUUGCAUUGCUGGUCGGUUGUUGUGUGAUACAUAUUUGUCUUCCCGUGACCUAUUAAAAGAGGUUAGCUAUUCUUUGACAGAACUUACCAAGACCCAGUUGAACAAAGACAGGAAGGAAAUCUCUCCACAAGAUAUUCCACGCAUGUUCCAAACAAUGGACUCCCUCAUGGAACUUAUUGAAUAUGGCGAGACAGAUGCCUGGUUGUCCAUGGAACUCAUGUUUCAUCUUAGUGUUCUUCCCCUCACACGUCAACUGACUAAUAUAAGUGGUAAUUUGUGGGGGAAAUCCAUGCAAGGUGCAAGAGCCCAAAGAGUAGAAUAUCUUUUGUUGCAUGCAUUCCAUGCAAAGAAGUAUAUUGUCCCCGACAAGAUUUCUUUUAAUGCAAAGGUAACAAAACAAGUAAAACGGAGAAUAAACGAUGGUGUUGAGAACAAAAAUGUUGAUGAGUUGGAUGCGGAUGAUGCAAGUUUGGACAACAAUGCCAAUAAAGGAAAAGGGAAAAAGGGACCUUCCUAUGCGGGUGGAUUGGUUUUGGAGCCAAAAAGGGGUCUAUAUGACAAAUAUAUUUUACUUCUAGACUUUAAUAGUCUUUACCCUUCUAUUAUUCAGGAAUACAAUAUAUGUUUUACAACCGUAGAAAGAUCUUCAGACGGGAUACUUUCUCGUUUACCAUCUAGUAGAACCCCAGGGGUACUACCUGAGCUGCUGAAGAAUCUUGUUGAAAGAAGGAGAAUGGUCAAGUCGUGGAUGAAGACAGCAUCUGGAAUUAAGUUUCAACAAUUUGACAUUCAACAGCAAGCAUUGAAGCUCACAGCAAAUAGUAUGUAUGGAUGUCUGGGGUUUUCAAACUCUAGGUUUUAUGCAAAGCCAUUGGCAGAGCUCAUUACUCUCCAGGGAAGGGAGAUUCUACAGAGUACUGUUGAUCUUGUUCAGAACAAUUUGAACUUAGAGGUAAUUUAUGGCGAUACAGAUUCUAUUAUGAUUUAUAGUGGACUGGACGAUAUAGCCAAAGCAAAACCUAUUGCAGGAAAAGUUAUCCAAGAGGUUAACAAGAAGUAUCGAUGUCUAGAAAUUGACCUUGAUGGUUUGUACAAGAGGAUGCUACUUCUCAAGAAGAAGAAGUAUGCAGCUGUAAAAGUGCUGUUUAAGGAUGGGAAGCCGUAUGAGGUUAUUGAACGUAAAGGCCUUGAUAUGGUUCGCCGAGACUGGAGCUUGCUCUCAAAGGAACUUGGAGAUUUUUGCUUAAGUCAAAUUUUAUCAGGAGGAUCUUGUGAGGACGUCGUUGAAGCAAUUCAUAACUCUCUGAUGAAGGUUCAGGAGGAUAUGAGGAAAGGUCAAGUAGCCCUUGAGAAAUAUAUCAUCACAAAGACAUUGACUAAACCACCUGAGGCCUAUCCUGAUGCUAAAAACCAACCACAUGUUCUGGUGGCACAAAGACUGAAGCAAAGUGGAUACUCAAGUGGUUGCUCUGUUGGCGAUACAAUUCCUUAUAUUAUUUGCUGUGAGCAGGGGACUAGUUCAAUUAGCUCAACUGGAAUCGCUCAGCGUGCUAGACACCCUGACGAAUUAAAAAGAGAAGAUGGGAAAUGGAUGAUUGAUAUUGAUUACUACUUGUCUCAGCAGAUCCAUCCUGUGGUGUCACGUUUGUGUGCUUCAAUUCAGGGUACUAGCCCAGAACGCUUGGCUGAUUGUUUGGGACUUGACUCGUCUAAGUUCAAAAGUAGCUCAAGAGACAAUGUUAACAGUGAUCCAUCCAGUUCACUCUUGUUCGCCAUUGACGAUGAGGAGAGAUAUCGAGGUUGUGAGCCGCUGAGCAUGUCAUGUCCCAGCUGCUCUGGGUCUUUCGAGUGUCCAGCCAUCUUUAAUUCAAUUUGUAAGUCAGUGAAGGAAAAUCUAACAAGGCCACAAGAAGAGGAGUCUACCAGCAACUUUUGGCAGAGAUUGUGCUGCCCCAAAUGCCCAGGAGAAGGCGAUGCAGGAAAGCUGUCUCCGGCAAUGAUAGCCAACCAGGUCAAAAGACAAGCAGAAGGGUUCAUGUCAUUGUAUUACAAGGGCCUAAUGACGUGCGAUGAUGAAACUUGCAAAUACACUACACGAAGCCUAAACCUUCGACUUCUUGGUGAUUCCGAGAGAGGCACAGUUUGUCCAAACUAUCCUAGCUGUAACGGGAAACUCACAAGAAAGUACACAGAAGCAGAUCUGUACAAGCAGCUCUCAUAUUUCUGUCAUGUGUUGGAUACUGUACGCUGCAUAGAAAAGAUGGACCCUACAACUAGAUUGGCAGUGGAGAAAGAAUUGGCAAAAAUCCGUCCAGUGGUCAAUUUGGCUGCAUCAAUAGUUCAAAGCAUUCGGGACCGCUGUGCCUACGGGUGGAUUCAGCUGCAAAGUCUAACCGUAUCAGUUUGAUUUCUAGUGUGAGCUGCUUCAACUCAUUUUUGUUGACUUAAUUUUAUUCUUUGAUCUACUCAUGUAUAUAUAAUAAUAUGUACGCCGAAGAUUCAUUGUACCGUUAAAGAAUGUCCUUAGAGGGAAUCUUAUGUUUCUUGAUGCGUUCCCUAAUUUAGAAGCCAUGAAUGCCAAGAACUGUUUCCAAAGGGUUUUUAUAUAUUUUAAAGAGAAAGAACACAGGCCUUAAACUCGAACCCUUGAUAAUGUGGUGUACUAUAUGUGAUGAAGGCAUGCACUUUUGUGCCUUUGCGACUCUACUAUUUCUAUACUGUUAAUGUAAUGUAACAAUACAUUAAAUACAAAAUGGUACUGAUUAACAUCU